UUUCCUACGAGCCGAAAAUGGCGGAGUACCUGGCAUCCAUUUUCGGCACAGAGAAAGACAAGGUCAAUUGUUCUUUCUAUUUUAAAAUUGGUGCUUGCAGACAUGGAGACCGCUGCUCGAGAUUGCACAACAAACCAACCUUCAGCCAGACCAUCCUGAUCCAAAACAUCUACCGAAAUCCCCAGAAUAGCGCACAGACGGCCGACGCUUCUCGCUGUGCCGUCAGCGAUGUGGAAAUGCAGGAGCACUAUGAUGAGUUCUUUGAGGAGGUGUUCACAGAGAUGGAGGAGAAGUACGGAGAGGUGGAGGAGAUGAAUGUGUGCGAUAAUUUGGGCGACCACCUUGUCGGCAAUGUCUACGUCAAGUUUCGUCGUGAGGAGGACGCAGAGAAAGCGGUCAUGGACCUGAACAAUCGGUGGUUCAACGCCCAACCUAUCCACGCUGAGCUCUCCCCCGUCACUGACUUCAGGGAAGCGUGCUGUCGCCAGUAUGAAAUGGGAGAGUGUACCCGAGGUGGCUUCUGCAACUUCAUGCACUUGAAACCCAUAUCGCGGGAACUUCGUAGGGAGCUGUACGGCCGCCGCAGAAAAAGGCACCGCUCUCGCUCGCGCUCCCGUGAACGACGCUCCCGCUCCAGGGACCGACGGCGGGACCGCGAGAGGCCGAGACGGUCGAGGGACCGAGAGCGCUCUGGAAGAUUCUGAAAGAGGACUGACCCAAUGUCCAACCAAAUCCCUCCCUCCGAACCCCAGCAGUGAUUACAAAGUUAUUUUCUUUUUUGGUGAAUUGUUGGAAGUGUUUUUCUUUUAUUCCCUUUUUUUAAGACAAGCUUGUGUCGCUUUCUCAAUAAAACAGAUUUGUAAUUCUG